UUUGAGUGUGGCGGAAGUCUGGUCGCCUGGGUGGUUCCCCACCCUUCAACUAACCCUGCUUCGGUCCUUAAGUCCUUCCUUGCUCUGACCCCAGGACGGGACCUGAUUCAGUGGUUGGCACUGGAGCUCUGCUGGGCAUCCCGUACCUUGUAAUAAAAGCCUUGGUGUUCACCUGCUUUCCUUCCUGAGCGAUGGUGGCCAGCCUCGAGCUUUGCACAGGUCUCCCCUUUCUACCCCCCCCCCCACCUCCAGGAGCCAAGGCAACGGACUGGGUACCACCAUCCACACUAGUUCCAAAGUAGUGAUCUGCCCCUCGCCAGGGCCCUCUCAUGAGGAACCGGUCAUUCAGAGCGAUUGAGUCACAAAGCCUGAGAGGGUUUAGGGAGCGCGGGGCUGGGACGUCCCCACCCCAAGGCUGAGUGACGCCCGCAGUCACUUCACAAGGCAGAAAUUGUUACCCGGGCAAUAAAAGUCAUCGCGGCUCUAGGACCUUGGGAGUGGGCACAUGGGGGCACGGGGGUGCAGGUGCCAAGCACCAUGGGUUAGGCCCGAGAUCGGAGUCCGGCCGCCCCCCGACAGCAGCCGCCUCCUGCUCCCCGCGCGCCCCGGGCGCCACCAUGUCGGGCGACAAGCUUCUGAGCGAACUUGGCUAUAAGCUGGGCCGCACGAUAGGUGAGGGCAGCUACUCCAAGGUGAAGGUAGCCACCUCCAAGAAAUAUAAAGGGACGGUGGCCAUCAAGGUGGUGGACCGUCGGCGAGCGCCUCCGGACUUCGUCAACAAGUUCCUGCCUCGAGAGCUGUCCAUCUUGCGGGGAGUACGGCACCCGCACAUCGUGCACGUCUUCGAGUUCAUCGAGGUGUGCAACGGGAAGCUGUACAUCGUGAUGGAAGCAGCAGCCACCGACUUGCUGCAGGCAGUGCAGCGAAACGGGCGCAUCCCGGGGUCACAGGCGCGCGAACUCUUCUCUCAGAUCGCUGGUGCCGUGCGCUACCUGCACGACCACCACCUGGUGCACCGCGACCUCAAGUGCGAAAACGUGCUGCUGAGCCCUGACGAGCGCCGCGUCAAGCUCACAGAUUUCGGUUUCGGCCGCCAGGCGCACGGCUAUCCAGACCUGAGCACCACCUACUGCGGCUCGGCCGCCUAUGCGUCACCUGAGGUGCUCCUGGGCAUCCCCUACGACCCCAAGAAAUACGACGUAUGGAGCCUGGGCGUUGUGCUCUACGUCAUGGUCACCGGGUGCAUGCCCUUCGAUGACUCGGACAUUGCUGGCCUGCCCCGGCGCCAGAAGCGCGGCGUGCUCUACCCCGACGGCCUCGAACUGUCGGAACGAUGCAAAUCCUUGAUCGCCGAGCUGCUACAGUUCAGCCCAUCCGCCCGGCCCUCGGCGGGUCAGGUGGCGCGCAAUGGCUGGCUGCGGGCCGGGGACUCCGGCUAGGAGCCGGGGUUCUCGCUGUUCCCGCCGCACCAGGCCCUGAGCCAGGGCGGCGCACGCGCGACCGGCGAGCUUCGGGAAACCCGCGAAGUCGCCGCGCGCCACUGCGCGCGCGCCCUGUCCCUUCCCCUCCCACCUCGGCGGCGGCCCACAGAGGCCCGCUGUUGGAUUCUGGUUCCUCCUGCACAACCCGAUUGCUGGAGGGCUCAUACGCACCCUCGAUUUCUGGCGAGGAGGCCCCGAGAGGGGCGCGAAGAGAAGAGAGAGAAGCAUUGCGCCUGCGCGGAAUGAGCUCCUGUUGCGCGGUGGGUGGCAGUGGAGCGGAGAAGCUGCGGGCCGACGGUGCACUACAAGUGCCAGGUUGGAACCUGCAAUAAAUUCGCUUUUCCUCGCAAGUGGACCGUUGUUACGGAGCAGACGGGAGGGGAGAUCUCAGCACUUUAGAGAAAGCCAUGUAUGUGGCGACUCCAGCGCCAAACCUCAAAAGGGAGUUGUGGGAUUCGAAUCUGUUCUCCAAAUUGGAAAAACUUCUAGAGGUUCU